GGGUGAGUCCGGGUGACGGAUGGAGUGCCCCUGAGAGUCAGGCGCUGAGCUGGAGACUUAGGAGGUGGUGGUACCCUGGGGGGUCUGGGAAGUCCUUCCCCAGGAGCCCCUUGAAGGCUACAUUGCCAAUGCAGGAAGUUACUGGAUGAGGACAGCCCAGCUGAAGUGAAGCUCUCAGGCCCAGUGAUGGCUGUGGCCUCGCCUCCACCAGAGCCUGAAGACCUCCUGAUUGUGAAUCUGCAAGAGGACUCAUGGGGAUCAGACUCCAAACCCCAGCAGGAGGUCCAUGGCCACGUCCCUGGCCUUGAGGUUUCCCGCCGGUGUUUUAGACAGUUCCAAUACCAGGACGCAGCUGGACCCCAUGAGGCCUUCAGCCAGCUCUGGGCUCUCUGCUGUCGUUGGCUGAGGCCUGAGAUCCGCCUCAAAGAGCAGAUCCUAGAAUUGCUGGUUCUGGAACAGUUCCUGUCCAUCCUACCCAGAGAGGUGCAGACCUGGGUGCAGGCACGACACCCUGAGAGCGGGGAGGAGGCUGUGGCCCUGGUGGAGGAUUGGCACCGAGAGGCCUGGGCUGCCGGGCAGCAGGGACUGGAGCUGUGCGCUGAAGACUGCAGGUCCUCCGGAGCAGUUCAGGCGUGUCUGAGCUUCCGGCUGCCACCAGCGGGUCACCGCUCUGAGGCACAGCGCCGGAAACAGUGGGAUACACAUCCUCACCUUUCCAAGAUGCCACCUCAGCCCUUGAAAGAGAGUGCAAUCCUCACACCCCAGGCCCCAGCUGUUCCAAAGAUGGGGAGCACUGGCGAUUGGGAGGUAACAGCCAAAUCCCAGGAGGCCCUGAACCCUGGUAGAGGAGCCAAGGAGGACCCAGCAGGAGAUGACUGUGGGAAUGGAGUUCCAGUUUCAAAGCCAAGUGUCACCUCCCAGCAUGAGCGAGGACCAGAGGAUUUGGGCCUGAGCCUUAUAAACUCUGGGAAUGGGAGCCCUGCAGAUCAUAAUGUGGACAGUGAGCCAAACAAGCCUGCCGAAGCGGCAGCCCAGGAGGACUCCAGGGCCUGGGAGGAACAAGGUGACGGGGAGGAUGUGAAGGUGUCAGGUGUGCACUGGGGCUACGAGGAGACCAAGACCUUCCUGGCAAUCUUAAGUGAGUCUCCUUUCUCGGAAAAGCUCCGGACUUGCCACCAGAACCGCCAGGUAUACCGGGCUAUCGCGGAGCGACUGAGGGCACGGGGCUUCUUGCGGACUCUGGAGCAGUGUCGCUACAGGGUCAAAAACCUCCUGCGGAAUUACCGGAAAGCCAAAAACAGCCACCCGCCAGGAACCUGCCCCUUCUACGAGGAGCUGGAGGCCCUGGUGAGGGCUCGGACAACCAUCAGAAGAGCCACCGGUGGGCCAGGAGAGGCUAUGGCCCUCCACAGGCUGGGUGACAGUGACCCUGAGAUGGAUGACCAAGAGGAAGGGAGCUGGGAGCCCGAGGAGGCCACAGAAGACUGCAAUGGUCCUGGCCUGGCCACCGAGGAGUCUCUUCAGGGUCCCAGGAGUGCAGGGGGCCCAGCUUUGCUCCAGAGCCGCAUUGCAGGUGUGCACUGGGGCUUCGAGGAGACCAAGGCCUUCCUGGCAAUUCUCAGUGAGGCCCCGUUCUCUGAAAGGCUUCGUACCUGUCACCAGAACCGCCAGGUAUACCGGGCUGUCGCAGAGCGGCUGUGUGCGCUGGGCUUCCUGAGGACUCUGGAGCAGUGUCGCUACAGAUUCAAAAACCUUCUUCGAAGUUACCGAAAAGCCAAGAGCAGCCACCCUCCAGGAACCUGCCCCUUCUAUGAGGAGCUGGACUCACUAAUGAGGGCUCGGACAGUGAUCAGGGCCAUGGAGAUGGCGGAAGAAGCCAGAGGUCUUCCUGGAUCUGGGAAGAGCGGUACUGAGCCUGAUGACCAAGAGGCCUGGGCUGAGAUGGAAGAUGAAGAUGUCAUUAAACUUCUGACUCCUGAUCCCCAAACUCCACACACAGGUUUUGAGUUGAAGCAUAUGGACGAAGACCGAAUUUCAGAGCAGGACGUUUUUGGGGAUUUGCCUGGAGCAUUCUCAAAGUAUCCCACAGACGUCAUUUGCCAGCCCCGUGCCCGGGGGGAGGACGGGAGCGAAGAUGAAGGGCAGUGGGGGAGUGCUCUCCCAUGGGAAGAGUGUCCCUCUGAGGAGGACUUAGAAACGCUCAUCGACCAUCAAGGCCUGUACCUCACAGAGAAACCCUACAGAUGUAACACACGCAUAAAAAGCUUCACUAGGAACUUCCGCUGCGUGACUCACCAAGGAGCCUACAUGGGUGAGAAGCCCUACAAAUGUCCUGACUGUGGAAAAGGUUUUAGCGACCACUCCAACCUCAGUACCCACCAGAGAACCCACACUGGGGGAAAGCCCUAUACAUGUGGGGAGUAUUGGAACAGCUUCAAGCAGGGCUCAAACCUCCCGGAACAUCAGAGGCUCCACUCGGGAGGAGCUCCUGACCUGUACAAUGUGUCUGGGGAGAACUUUGGCCACAGCCCAUCUUUUAGUGCUUGCUGGAGAAACUCUGCAUGGGAGUUACCCGAACGUCCCCAGGAUGUCAGCGUGAUAAUCAGUUCUCCUGGGCCCUGUCACACCACCUCAGGGAAGAAGCUGUACCCGUGUCCUGAGUGUGGAAGGUGUUUCUCUAAGAGCUCUGCCCUCAUCAGUCACCAGAGAAUCCACACGGGUGAGAAGCCAUAUGAGUGUGGAGAGUGUGGGAAGAGCUUCAGUAAGGGCUCCACCCUGGCCAACCACCAACGGACGCACACUGGCGAGAAGCCGUACAAGUGUGUGGCCUGUGGGAAGUGCUUCAGCGAGCGCUCCAAGCUCACCACCCACCAGAGGGUCCACACGGGGGAGAAGCCCUACCGGUGCCUCACGUGUGGGAAGUUCUUCCGCGACCGCUCCAACCUCAUCACUCACCAGAGAAUCCACACGGGCGAGAAGCCGUACAAGUGCAGGGAGUGUGGGAAGUGCUUUAACCAGAGCUCCAGUCUCAUCAUUCACCAGCGGAUCCACACCGGGGAGAAGCCCUACAAGUGCACGGAGUGCGGCAAGGACUUCAACAACAGCUCCCACUUCAGCGCCCACCGCAGAGCCCACGCUGGGCAGAGAGCACUGUAGGCUGCACCUCUUCCCGACACAAGAGCAAUAAUGCGUGUUUAUGUCUCAUUGUUAUUUCUAAAACAUGCGAGAAAGAAAGCUUCCAAUGUCUAAGCUUGGUGUAUACUUCGAGAUGUUUUCUUGGUAAAAUUCAGGUCAUUUAGAUGAGUUACACCUACAGGGAUUGUGAUUUGGAGGUACUUGUUAAGUGUAAUCUGGUUUGUCUUUCCUCACCACCACCAUCACGAAACCCCUCUAGAAUCGUCAGGCUGUCCUUAACAUCUGCCUGUCAAGAGCUCAGUCAGUGUGCGAGGCAGACGGAUGGUGUAGGGUGAGGGUUGAAUCUGGGGCCCAGUGUAUUGACUCUGCGUCCUCGCUCUGCUUCUCACUGUUCUACGCAGGAGAGUGGCUCUUGUCCUUGGUAGUGUGCAGCUGGGGCGAAUCCUCAUGGAGAAACCUUGGGACUUCACGGUGAGAGCAGGCAUAAACUGAGGACCAGUGCCCAGGGCACUCACUGAAGGGUCGGCAGCGAGUGGGGCAGCAGUGGCAUCGUGGCAGAAUCAACAAUAAAGCAGAAAUAGCUGCACAUCGAACAUUUGCUCUUGAGCAGCCGUAGCAGUCCUGCUUCCCAGAGUAGAAAACGGAGGGCUGGGCAGGUUGGGUGACUGCAUUGGCCACACAUCUGAAAACGAGAGAGGCAGAAGUCGUCCAGAUUCGUGUGCCCCAGAGUCUGGGCAGCUGUGCGCCUCACGGAGCCCUCUGACAGGGAGGCAGGUAUCUAGCACUCAGAUGGCGGAAUAUGAUG